AUGCGGCCUUUGCGCCUGCGGCGCGUGGUGGGGCUGGAGGGGCGCGCCAACGACGUGCUGUUCUGCCCCGCCACGCGCCCCGCCCCUAAGCAGGACGCCCUCAUAUUCUUCGGCGGUGACGUGCAGGACUACCCCGAGGUAAUGCAAGCGCACCGCGACUACCGCAACUAUCUGAAGUACAACCUGGAGAACACAGCUCGAAUGCUGGGCCAGAGCUUCCCCACCAAACACGUGCUGGUGGUGAGGCCAUCUAGGAUAGAGUACAAGAGCUUCAGUUGCUACGACAACUUUGUGCCGAGCAACAACGCGGGCGUGCCCGACCACACGCCCACGCACAGCGCCCUCCUGCACCUAGAGAGGUUGCUACAGGGGGCCAGCAGUAGACUAAAGACGCUCUCUGCUUCGGAGAUAACGGAGGCUGCUAACGCGUCUUCGCUACCCGAAGAAGAUGACCCCGAAGACCCUUUGUAUGGGGCAACGCAGUGCGAAAUCUCAGAGCCCAGCUCCAACGGCGCCGGCGCGUCAGAACACAAGCCCGAGCCGCUGUGGUGGCGCAAGGAGCUCUCCCUGGACAAGUGUCGUCUGACCCUGAUGGGCUUCAGCAAGGGUUGCGUGGUGCUCAACCAGCUCAUAUACGAAUUCCACUACACCAAAACCCUCACACCGGGGGACGAGCACAUGAUGAGAUUCAUAGAACGCAUUGAGAACAUGUACUGGCUGGAUGGCGGUCACGCUGGUGGCAAGAACACCUGGAUAACCUCCAGGAGCCUUCUGGAAACCCUCACUAGGCUGGACAUUGGUGUCCACGUGCACGUCAGCCCGUACCAGGUGCAGGACGAAGGCAGACCCUGGAUCGGCCGGGAGGAGCGCACCUUCACCGCGCUUCUGAAGAAACUGGGCGCUAGGGUGACGCGCUGUUUGCACGAGCAGCCCGGCGUUCCACAAUCCCUGCAGAUGCACUUCGACGUUCUGACGAGUUUCGCAGACCCCAAUCGCCCCCGAAGUCCCCCGAGCCCAAAUAGCCCCCCCAGCCCUAAUAGCCCCCCAAACCCAAAAAGCCCACCCCCAGCAUCGGACUCAGAUGACCCC